CCCAGCACCUGGCUUGUUGAUCAAAUGAACAAAAGGGCAGAGAUACACAGUGAGCCUGCACUUCCGGCUUGGGGUGGGCGCAUCACGGGAGCAGGGAGCUGAGUCAGGGAGGAAGUGGUGGGGACCCCGGGUCACAAGGUCUCAUCUGGUGCAUCCCCAGGCUCCCUGCUCCAGUGGAGCCCUGCUGCCCUCUGACCGGAGUGCAGGGGCCAGGCCAGGUGUGGGGGAUGGCACGCCAGCCCUGCCCAGGCAGCCACAUCAGUCAGCCACCUGGGCACUGGGCUGGCCCCACCUGGGCUUCCCUGCAGUCCAGGUGAGGGAUGAGUUGUUCGCCACCGAGUGACAAGACCCACAUGACAGGUGGCCACUGGGGGCCUGAUUCACAGCUUUCUGGGAAGUGAGUUAACGGGAUCCCAGAGCCCAGGGCUCAGUCAGGUCUCCUGGCUGAGUCACGGUGGCCCCUGGAGGAAGGAGCCGUUACUGAGCCUCUGGGCAACCCCCUUUUCCCCAAGGCCCUGCGACCUUAGCAAGACCCCAUACCCUAGCCUCCAACUGCUGCAGACCCAGGCUUUCCCUUCCCUGCCCAAACUGGGGACCUUUCCUAGUCAAUGUCAAGGCCAUUGGCCUAGACCUCUGGGUCUGGGUCCUGUUCCUCCAGGGGGUAGAUCCUGGGCCCCUAAACCAGAGCCCUGAGUCCACUCCUCCGGGGCAGAGGUAGGGGUCUCCGCUAGAGCCCCCAGUCCCCUUAACGGCUCAUUUCCUCCCAGCAGUCCCACCCCUCCUGUGACCUACAGCCCCGGGUGGCAGGGACUGAGCCACUCACUUACUUGGGGGACUGGUCCAACGGCAUUCCACCUCCCAGGAUAAAACCUGGGGUGACCUGUAGGGAACUCUGCACACUCCUGUCACAGGCAGGACUGCUCUCCCAGCCGUGCCUGGGCCCCCACUGGCUAUGGUAGUUUCCAGAACUCCCCCGGCCCAGGGUGGGGGCUGUCUCAGGAUCUUAACCCCCCUGCUGCUCCUGGCUUCUGCAGCCUCCUUCCAUGCUGCCGAGAUACCUGCACCCCCAGCCUGUGGGAAGCCCCAGCAGCUGAACCGGAUCGUGGGUGGUGAGGACAGCACCGAUGCCGAGUGGCCCUGGGUCGUGAGCAUCCAGAAGAAUGGGACCCACCACUGUGCGGGCUCCCUGCUCACCAGACGCUGGGUGGUCACCGCUGCCCACUGCUUCAAGGGCACUCUGAACAAGCCAUCCCAGUUCUCUGUGCUGCUGGGGGCCUGGCAGCUGGGGAACCCUGGCCCGAGGUCCCAGGAGGUGGGUAUCGCCUGGGUGCAGUCCCACCCCGUGUACUCCUGGGAAGAGGGCUCCCGUGCGGAUAUCGCCCUGGUGCGCCUUGAGCACUCCAUCCACUUCUCUGAGCGAAUCCUGCCCAUCUGCCUGCCUGAUGCCUCCGUCCGUCUCUCUCCCAACAUGCGCUGCUGGAUUGCAGGCUGGGGGAGCAUCCAUGAUGGAGUGCCCCUGCCCCAUCCCCAGACCCUGCAGAAGCUGGAGGUUCCCAUCAUCAACUCAGAAGUCUGCAGCCGCCUGUACUGGCGGGGAGCGGGGCAGCGGGCCAUCACCGAGGAUAUGCUGUGUGCUGGCUACCUGGAGGGGCAGCGAGAUGCCUGUCUGGGUGACUCCGGGGGCCCCCUCAUGUGCCAGGUCGAGGGCACCUGGCUGCUGGCGGGCAUCAUCAGCUGGGGCGAGGGCUGUGCGGAGCGUGACCGGCCCGGCGUCUACAUCAGCCUGGCUGCCCACCGCUCCUGGGUGAUGCGGAUCGUGCAGGGAGUGCAGCUCCGCGGGCACUCGCAGGGGAGCGGGCCCGCUCGGGGCGCCGGGCCGUCCCGGGGCCGCGCGCGUUAGAGAUCUGGGGAGACUGGCGGCCGCGCGGCCCCGGCAGCCUGACCGUGCGCCCCUCCCGUGCGCCCUUCCCGCCGUUGUAAGUGAGCCACCUGCCUCGGGGGGGCGCCCGCGUGCCGGCACCACCGCCUCGGCUGCGAGGCUCCGCCCCGCCCGCGGGAGCGCCUUUGUUUUCUGUGUGUAUAUGUCCGUGCUGACGAUUUUUACAGUUAUUUGUAGCCCUGCCCGCAUAUCGUAUUUAUUACAAUUUCAAUAAAUUGUUUAUUCCCCCGUUA